AUUUCCUUUAACCCGAACAAACUGAAGUUCCGGACAGAACCUAACUGAACUGUGAAACUUCCGAUUGUCCACAUAUUAAAAAAGGAUAAUAGAUAAUUCAUUCACCACAGGCAUGAACACUUAUUCCCCACUCCAACUCAUACCGACGCCUAUUCAUCUCAAAUCCUCACGCGCCGCCUCACCGUCAUCAUUACGCGUCGCUUCUCCGUUAAUUAUACGCGCCGCCUCCUCAGACGACUCACAGUCAGUCGAAAACCAAACUCUAGAAGUCCUCGAAUGGCGUGCCCUCUGCAAUCAGCUCUCUCCGUUCGCUUCCACAACCAUGGGCCUUUCCGCCACCAAAAACGCCGAAAUUCCGGUGGGAAACUCGCCGGAAGAAAGCAGGAAUCUCCUUAACGAGACCUCAGCUGCAUUAGCUGCUAUGGAGAUGAUGAAAUCGCGAGGAUUAGGUCUUUCUGAAAUCCAAGACUUGUCUGAUAUCGUUGAGCGUGCUGUGUCCGGUCAAUUGCUUACCGUUAGAGAACUCUGUACCGUUCGAAGCACGUUAACGGCUGCUACAUCAACGUUUCAGAAACUCCGAAAAGCAGCCAUUAGUGAUAACAGGGUUACUCCACUUGUAGAUAUACUACAGGGUUGUGAUUUCAAGGAUACAUUACAGCAGAAGAUUAGUUUUUGUAUAGACUGCAACAUGACUAUGAUUCUUGAUAGAGCUAGUGAAGAUUUAGAGAUUAUAAGAUCUGAACGGAGGAGAAACAUGGAGAAUUUGGAUUCUCUUUUGAAGAAAAUAUCAACUAAGAUUUUUCUAGCUGGGGGGAUUAACAAGCCUUUGAUAACGCAGAGGAGAUCAAGGAUGUGUGUAGCUAUUAGAGCUACACACAAAAGUUUACUUCCAGGUGGUGUUGUUUUAAGUGUUAGUAGCUCUAGGGCAACAUGCUUUAUAGAACCGAAAGAGGCAGUGGAGCUUAAUAAUAUGGAAGUGAGACAUGCGAACUCCGAGAAAGCUGAGGAAAUGGCGAUUUUGAGCAUUUUGACAUCUGAGGUGGUGAUGGCGCAGAGAGAGAUAUUGCAUUUGUUGGAUAGAAUAUUAGAACUUGACAUUGCUUUUGCAAGAGCAUCACAUGCAAAUUGGAUUAAUGGUGUCUAUCCCAACGUAACUUCAGAACACACAAAAACACCGGGCUUAGCUGUAGACAUUGAUUCUGCGCAGCACCCGCUACUUCUUGGUUCAGUAUUAGGCAGCCCAAAUGGUGGAGACAUUUUCCCUGUGCCAGUAGACAUUAAAGUUGAAAGCAGUGCCAAAGUAGUCGUCAUCUCGGGUCCAAACACAGGAGGAAAGACCGCUUUGUUAAAGACAUUGGGAUUAUUGUCUCUUAUGUCCAAGUCCGGGAUGUAUUUGCCUGCUAAGAACUGCCCAAGGUUGCCUUGGUUUGAUCUUAUUCUGGCUGACAUUGGAGAUCCUCAGUCUUUGGAGCAAAGUCUUUCAACCUUUAGUGGCCACAUCUCACGGAUACGACAGAUACUUGACAUUGCUUCAGAAAAUUCACUUGUCUUACUAGACGAAAUAUGUAGUGGAACUGAUCCUUCAGAAGGGGUUGCACUUGCUACUAGCAUCCUACAGUAUAUUAAAAACCGUGUUAAUGUGGCAGUUGUAUCAACACAUUACGGUGACUUAAGUCGCUUGAAGGAUAAUGAACCUCGAUUCCAAAAUGCUGCAAUGGAGUUCUCCAUGGAAACUUUGCAGCCUACAUUUCGAGUACUCUGGGGAAGUACUGGUCUAUCAAAUGCAUUGAGAGUAGCUAAGUCCAUUGGUUUCAAUAAAAGAAUAUUAGAGAAUGCGCAUAAGUGGACGGAGAAAUUGAAUCCCGAGCAGGAUGUAGAGCGGAAAGGCUCACUCUUUCAGUCCCUUAUGGAAGAAAGAAAUAAACUAAAGCUUCAGGCAACUAAGACUGCAGCUUUUCAUAGAGACUUAAUGAACCUUUACCACGAGGUAUUUAAGAAUGUUGUUUUAUUGAUAUUAUUAAUCUCUUGUAAUGUAUGUUUCUGUUCUUGAUUUUUCCUGAAGCUUGAGCAUGAGUCGCAUGAUCUUGAUAAACGUGAGAGGGCUCUUCUGAAAAAAGAAACGCAAAAGGUGCAAGAAGAUCUAAACUCUGCUAAGUCAAAGAUGGAGAGACUGGUGGCUGAAUUUGAAAGUCAACUAGAAAUCACUCAAGCUGAUCAAUACAAUUCCUUAAUCCUGAAAACCGAAGAGGCAGUUGCAGAGAUUAUUGAAGCUUGCUGUCCUAUGGAUCCUGAUUCCUUAGAAGAAGAAUACAGUGACUACUCACCACAAGCUGGUGAAAAAGUUCUUGUAACUGGACUGGGAGAUAAGUUAGGUACUGUGGUUGAAGAACCUGGAGAUGAUGAUGAUACAGUUCUAGUCCAGCAUGGUAAGAUAAGAGUACGCAUAAAGAAAAAGGACAUAAAGCCCCUUCCUCGUAGCACAAGUAGCCAAACAUCCAAUCGUUCUCUACGUUCGAAGAGACAGAUAAACAUGAAAGAGCUAGGCAGUGUGUUGCAAAUGCAAAGCGAACCAGUGCGGAUUCAAACGUCAAAGAACACAUUGGAUCUAAGAGGAAUGCGGGCGGAAGAAGCGGUUCACCAGCUAGACAUGGCCAUCUCGGGAAGAGACUCGGGCUCGAUCCUAUUUAUUAUUCAUGGAAUGGGGGCAGGCAUUAUAAAGGAGCUAGUGCUUGAGAGGUUAAGAAAGAACACUCGUGUCUCAAGGUAUGAACAGGCAAAUCCUAUGAACCAUGGAUGUACAGUUGCUUACAUUAAAUGAUAUAUCUCUCAAACACAUUCUUUGUAAAUCUUCUUCAAAGUGUGGUCCACUAACUAGUUUCGAUCGUGAAUCAACGUUCAAAUGUACAAGAAGUUGUCUAAAGUAUAGUUAUUGAUAUUGUACAGAAAAAUAUAGUAAUUCUACUUUUCCACAAACUUCAUGGCUUUCGAGGAUAACACACGGCACGAGUCCCUGGAGAACCCUCGUAGGAGUUGUGCGAAUACGAUUGUGUUCUUCCCUUUCUUGCACAGCUGUGGCUACAACACUUCGUUGGUACUUGCGAAACUAAUUGAACACAAAAACAGAGGCUUGGUGUUUAGAUUUUCAAAAAAAAGGGAGUUUGGAUACAUAUGUAUAGAUGUAUAGGAACGAGAGAGAAGAGUAAAGGAGCACUCAAGACUUGUGUUUUUACUUUUUCCUUUGUCCUAUAUUUUUACAAUGAAGCAAACGUAGGUAUAUACAGAGAGGAA